AUUAUCGAUUAGCAUAUUAUUGAAUACAGAAAUAAAUACUCCACUCAACCUUGGCUCUUUCAUUCAUUAUAUAUAAAGAGAAAACGAACUAAAAUAAUAUAUGAUUGGUAUAAACAACAUGACAAUAGGCAAAGGUGUUCCCUUUCUGUAUUUGCUGUAUUUGGUUUCAGUUUUCUUGGCUGUCCAAGAUUGUGUACAGGGACGGCUUUUAUCACUGAACAAGAAACCAGACCCUAAUGAUGCUGCUGCUACUGCUCGUUGGUUGGUCGCUCAAAAUUCCUGGGGUGUCUUAAAUACCAUUUCAAGUGACUUGAAAGGAGCACCUUUUGGGAAUGUGGUUUCAUUUAGUGAUGGGGUACCUGGUAAAGGCAAAGGUGUCCCAUAUUUCUACUUGACAGCUCUUGAUCCAACUGCAAGAGAUGCUUUGAAAGAUCCAAGGGCUUCACUUACUGUUAGUGAACAUACUGUUGGAACUUGUGGUAAGAUAGAUCCUGAGAAUCCCACUUGUGCUAAGUUAACACUUACAGGAAAGUUGAAGUUGAUCGAUCAAAACUCGGAAGAAGUAGAGUUUGCUAGAAGUGCUUUGUUCUCCAAACAUUCAGAGAUGGAGGGCUGGCCUAAGUAUCACAACUUCCAGUUCUUUAAAUUAGAGAUUGAGAAUAUUUUCUUGAUAGAUUGGUUUGGUGGUCCUAAACCUCUCACUAUAGAUGAGUACCUUCAUCCCAAAAUGAAAGAGAUUGCCUUUGGUCUGUGAAUUGUUCUCAACUUUUGUAUUCUCAUUCUGGCUUGUGUGGUUGUGAAUUGUGAUUAGGAUGAAAAAUAAUGUAAAUAAUCAUGUAAUAUUGUUUACUUUUCAUACAACAAACAGUGCUUCAUCUCCAUAACUUGACAAAAUUGGUAUGAAGAUGAUCAUUUGUUGUGGAAAGAAAUGAUUGUUGUUGUUUAUAUAUAUUCCUUCCUAUGAAAUUGUACACUGUUGUUUUUCAUACAGAACUACGACAUGUCGUUUCUCGUGAA